GUCUGUCUCUUUUCCGGUGAAUGGCCGACACCGAUGGCCAUUAAAUCAUAGUGGUGUAGAAAUCGACUUCAAUCGACACCGAUAAUCAUCGCUUAUUUAAAAUGUCUACAGAACAGAUGACACUGCGUGCGACCCUUCAGGGUCAUGGUGGUUGGGUCACCCAAAUUGCCACCACACCUCAAUAUCCAGACAUGAUUCUGUCUGCUUCAAGGGAUAAAACACUGAUUCAGUGGAGAUUGACAAGGGACGAAACCAACUUUGGUGUUCCACAUAAGAUGUUGAAAGGGCACAGUCAUAUUGUGUCUGAUGUUGUCAUGUCUUCUGAUGGACAAUUUGCCUUGUCUGGAUCAUGGGACAAGACACUAAGGCUCUGGGAUCUUAGCGCCUCCAAGACCACCCGCAUGUUCAGCGGACACACAAAAGAUGUUCUGAGUGUGGCCUUCUCUGCUGACAACAGGCAGAUUGUGUCUGGAUCCAGAGACAAGACUAUAAAGCUGUGGAAUACCCUGGGAGUUUGCAAGUACACCAUCCAGGAGGAAGGUCAUUCCGACUGGGUCUCCUGUGUGAGGUUCUCCCCAAACACCGCCAACCCAAUCAUUGUCUCCAGCAGCUGGGACAAGAAAGUCAAGGUGUGGAAUCUUACCAACUGCAAGCUGAAGACCAACCACCACGGUCAUUCAGGCUACCUGAACUGUGUCACUGUUUCCCCUGAUGGGUCUCUGUGUGCAUCUGGUGGCAAGGAUGGCAAUGCCAUGCUGUGGGAUCUUAACGAAGGCAAGCACUUGUACACUCUGGAUGGUGGUGGCAUCAUCAACUCCCUCUGCUUCUCCCCCAACAGAUACUGGCUGUGUGCUGCCACUGGACCCAGCAUCAAGAUCUGGGACUUGGAGGGCAAGGUGGUGGUGGAUGAGUUGAGACAGGAAGUGAUUGGCACUGGAAGCAAGGCUGAGCCUCCCCAGUGCAUCUCCCUUGCCUGGUCCGCAGACGGACAGACCCUGUUUGCAGGAUACACAGACAACCUGAUCCGUGUCUGGCAGGUUUCCAUGGCAGCAAGCCGAUAAGUCUCACUGGACAGUAUUUAUAUGAAGCCAUCUGAGGAGAACAUGUGCUUGUUUUACAUUGCUGGAUUACCAUCUGUUUGACAUUUAGCUCUGUCAGCUUAGCGAUGUUACAGUGAAAAAAAUAAAGCUAAGAAAUAA